AUGAUGGAGAGAAGCACAAGAAGCGUGUUUAUCAACACCAUCUUCUUAGUUGCAUUACUGUUAUCAAUGAAUAGUUGCGCUUCCGCCAAAGUGCAGCUGUUUUCCCACAUUAGCACUAAUGUGGACGACAGUUCCCUCAUCAGACGGAAUCUGCUCGCCAAUGGCCUCGGCAAGACUCCUCCCAUGGGGUGGAAUAGUUGGAAUCAUUUUAACUGCAAAAUUGAUGAGAAAAUGAUCAGGGAAACUGCUGAUGCUCUGGUUUCAACUGGUCUUGCUAAGCUUGGAUAUAAAUAUGUCAACAUAGAUGAUUGCUGGGCCGAAAUUGCUCGUGAUGAAAAGGGUAAUCUAGUGCCUAAGAAAUCCACAUUUCCUUCUGGCAUUAAAGCUCUGGCAGACUAUGUUCACAGCAAGAGUCUUAUGCUUGGUAUAUACUCAGAUGCAGGGUAUUUUACUUGUAGUAAAACUAUGCCUGGUUCACUUGGUCACGAGGAACAAGAUGCUAAAACCUUUGCUUCAUGGGGUAUUGAUUAUUUGAAGUAUGACAACUGCAACAAUGAUGACUCAAAGCCAACUGUCCGAUACCCUAUCAUGACCAGAGCUCUAAUGAAAGCAGGCCAUCCCAUCUUCUUCUCACUGUGUGAAUGGGGAGACUUGCACCCAGCUCUUUGGGGUGCUAGGGUAGGAAAUAGCUGGAGAACUACUAAUGACAUCUCUGAUACAUGGGACAGUAUGGUCUCUAGAGCAGACAUGAAUGAAGUUUAUGCAGAGCUUGCAAGACCUGGUGGCUGGAAUGAUCCGGAUAUGCUUGAAGUGGGAAAUGGGGGGAUGACGAAAGAUGAAUAUAUUGUCCAUUUUAGCAUUUGGGCCAUUUCCAAGGCUCCCCUUCUCAUUGGCUGUGAUGUGAGAAAUGCAUCAAAAGAGACCAUGGAAAUCAUCUCUAAUAAAGAGGUGAUUGCUGUAAACCAAGAUCCACUUGGUGUUCAAGCUAAAAAGGUUAGGAUGGAAGGUGAUCUUGAGGUCUGGGCUGGGCCUCUUUCAAACUAUAGAGUAGCUGUGCUCCUUGUCAACCGUGGCUCUUGGCGUACUUCCAUCACAGCUCACUGGGAUGACAUUGGAAUUCCUCCUGCCAGUGUUGUGAUUGCAAGAGACAUUUGGGAGCGCAAAACAUUGAAGGCGCUAUUUGUAGGGAACUUGACAUCCACCAUGGAUUCUCAUGCAUGCAAGAUGUAUAUAUUGAAGCCUAUAUCCUGA